AUGACUGGGCAACCAACAAGAAAAAGAGCAAAACAAAAUAAGGCUGAGCUCACAAAAUCCGUUAGUUCAACAGUACAACGGGUGGGCGAUUGGUCGCUGAACGUCAACGAAGAUGAAGACGACCAAAACAAAUCAAACAAAAGACAGAAGUUUAGCACAGGAAUUGGAGGGGAUGUACUGAUGACUAAAAAAGUAAAGGCAUUUAUAAAACCGUGGUUCAACUCAAAUUUUACAAUGCGACUUGAUUUAUACGUCGUACCAAGCAAAUUCACAAGACAACCACAACACGCAAUACCAAAUUUAAGGCCGUAUGAUAAAGAAAUGUUGCUCGCCGAUGAUUACUUCGACACACCAAACCCAGUACACAUACUAUUGGGAGCAGAUGUAUGGGCCGAAGUAUUAAGACUUGGCCUAUACAAACAUACUUCAGGCGCAAUAAUGCUCACAACAGCACUAGGCAAUAUUAUUUUGGGCAAAGCCAUUAUUGACCAAAAUAUUGAGGAGCAAACGGAUAAUGUAGCCGUCUAUAGUAUUCAGGAAGGAGAAAAUGAAAAAUUGGACGAAAUACUCCAAAAAUUCUGGAAAAUUGAGGAAUGCGUGGAUGAUAUACUCCCACUAACAGUAGAGCAUAAAUUAAUCGAACAAUUCUAUAAAAAGAAUUACUACCGAGACAAGGAAGGAAGAUACGCAGUAAAAAUCCCAUUCAGAAGAGAUUCGUUAUGCAAAUUAGGCGAGUCAAAAAACAUCGUACUAAGACGAUUCUUCCAACUGGAAAAAAGAAUGCAGGCAAACGUUGAAUUCAGAGAAAAAUAUACGGCUAAAAUUAACGAAUUUAUCGCAAAAGGAUACAUGGUAAAGGCAGGCAUACCAAAUGGUCGCGUGAACUACAUACCGCACCACGCGAUAAAUAAAAAUAAAUUCAAGCCGGUAUUCGAUGCAUCCUGUAAAACGAGUACAGGUGAAUCGCUAAACUCGAUUCAAAUGAUCGGCCCAAAAUUGCAACACGAUUUGCACGACCAAAUUAUGCGAUUCAGGCGAUAUAAAUACGCAGCCAUAACGGACAUAGUCAGUAUGUUUAUGCAAGUAAACAUAGCUAGAUCUCAAUGGGAUCUUCAAAGAAUAUUUUGGAGAGAAAAGCCAUCAGACCCACUACAGGAAUAUAAUCUGACCGUAGUGACAUAUGGCCUGGCUUCAUCAGUCUUCGUUGCUGUGAGAACGAUGAUUCAAUGCGCAAGGGAUAUGCAGGACAAAUAUCCAAACGCAGUAAGAGUAAUAGAACAAUGCUUUUAUAUGGACGAUGGGCUAUUCGGUGCCGAUACUGUCGAGGAAUUAAAAGUGUUGGCUCGAGAAGUCCAAUUGGUACUGGCUCAAGGAGGAUUUCAAUUAAGCAAAUGGGCAUCCAAUAGCAAUGAGCUAGAAAGCCUAAUGAAAUCAAACGCCACAAAGGAAAUAGAUAUAGGAGACACCACUAAAGAGGCGAAGGUGUUAGGCAUAAGAUGGCUGAAAGAUACAGACGAACUCACAAUAUUCGUCAAAGUAAGCCUCAAAAAAGGAAACUACACAAAAAGGCAGAUAAUAAGCCAAAUCACAAAACUAUACGACCCAAACGGUUUUGUAUCACCAGUGGUCAUACUGGCAAAAAUGAUAAUGCAGGACUUAUGGAAACAUAAAGCAUUAAAAUGGGACGAUCCAGUACCCAGUAAUUUGGAAGGCAAAUGGCGUACGUACCUCGAAGAGUUGACAAUACUAACAGAGUUCAGAAUACCACGAUGGAUAAAAACAAAAGGCACAUCAUUAUCCGAAUAUCAUGGUUUCUGUGAUGCAACUUUUAAGGCGUACGGAGCGGUCAUAUAUCUAAAAGUGAUCGAUAGUGACGGCAAAAUAUCGUGCACACUGCUGAUAGCAAAAUCAAAGGUAGCACCACUAAAGCCAAUCACAAUUCCGAGAAUGGAACUAUUGGCCGCGUUAUUACUCACAAGGCUAAUGAAAAAAGUAAUAUUAAAGGCAGCACUCCCAAAUGCGAAAUACCAGUUAUGGUCUGAUUCAAUGGUAACACUUUACUGGAUAAAUAAAGACCCCGGCCAGUUGAAGGCAUUCGUAGCAAACAGAGUGGAGGAAAUAAGUUCAACCUUCACCACACAGGCAUGGGCAUAUGUCUCAACAUCAGACAACCCGGCCGACCUCAUAAGUCGAGGAAUGAGGCCAAAAGAUCUAAUAAAACAUGCGUUAUGGAAGGAAGGCCCAAAAUGGUUAAAAUACCCAGAGGCAUUAUGGCCAAAUGCCAAAUGCACAAGACCAGAAGAUGAACUAAAGGAAGAAAUAAAAAAGGAACUUAAGAUAAAUAAAGAGCCAACAUCGGUCGUGAUGAUGCUCACAAUAGGCGAAGAAAGCUUGUUCGAUACAACAAAUAACUGGAGAAAAAUACUCCGCAUAACAGCGUAUUGUUUACGCUUCAUUAAGAAUAUAAAGCUUAAAGGCAAAGCAAAAAAGUUGCGAAUUAAAUCAAGCAAUCCCACAGCAGAGGAACUAAGACAGGCAGAGAUAUAUUGGAUCAAAGAGGCACAAAGCAAAGCGUACCCAAAGGAGAUACAGGCAUUCGAGGCAGAGAACCAAGAAUUACCAAAUAAAAGCAAAAUCAGAGUCCUACAGCCAAUAUUCGGCUCAGACGGCAUAUUGAGAAUUGGCGGUCGACUGGACAAAGCAAUGAAAAUGCCAUAUACAGCAAGGCAUCCAGCAAUAAUUCCCCCAAAUUCAAGGCUCACAAACCUCUUAUUAAGAGCAGCACAUGAGGAAACCCUGCACGGGGGACCACAAAUGAUGAUGGCAUACUUACGAAGAAGAUACUGGAUACCAUCUUUGCGUUCACAGGCAAGGCUAUGUGUAAACAAGUGCGUUAAAUGCAUCAGAUACGCCAAACAAACUGAAAGGCAAAUAAUGGCCGAACUCCCUGCCGUAAGGCUAAACCCGGCAAGGCCAUUCAACUUCACAGGUACGGACUUAGCCGGUCCAUUUAACGUAAAAUUAUCCGACAAAAUAAAUACAAACACAAGAGGAAGAACACUACCAGACGUGAAAGGAUAUAUCGUAGUGUUCGUGUGUUUAGUCACGAGAUCGAUACAUCUUGAGGCAGUAAUGGAUAUCUCAGCAGAUGCCUUUCUGCUAGCCUACCAAAGAUUCGUGGCAAGAAGAGGUAAUCCAGAAAAAAUGUACAGCGAUCACGGCACAAAUUUCAUAGCUUCAGACCGAAUCCUCAAAGAGGCAGAGGAAGCAUGGAAGAAUACCAGAAUACAAGACUUCGUGCAACGUAAAGGCACACAAUGGAAAUUCAUAACACCAGCGGCCCCACAUGAAGGCGGAAUAUGGGAAGCCGCAGUGAAAAGCAUGAAGCACCAUCUAAGGCGCGUCAUAGGCCCGCAAAAAUAUUCAUACGAAGGAAUAUCAACAUUAAUCAGUGGGAUAGAGGCAUGCUUAAACUCCCGCCCCAUAUGCGCAAUGUCAGACGACCCAAAGGACACAAUGGCUCUGACUCCGGCGCACUUCCUAACGGGAGGCCCAUUGAAAUUGCCACUGCCAGAGGAAACAGGCGAACCGCCCAAAACAGCGAAGAAAUUAUAUAAUGAGAUACAAUUUCAGACACAAUCAUUUUGGACAAAGUGGCAUCAAGACUACAUUGCUUCUCUGAUGCAAAGACCAAAAUGGAAGGAAGAGAAUCAAAACCUAAGGCCAGGACAGCUCGUGCUGAUUCAAAAUGAAAACCUCCCACCGACUUAUUGGGCAAUGGCACGAGUCAUUGAAACAUUCGAAGGCAGUGACGGGAAG